UAAUCAUGGCCUCCAGCAAUAAUGUAGAGAUAAUAAAAGAAACAGAGAGAUGCUUGAGUAUCGUUGAUCAAUUAUCGAAGUGUGACUUUAUAGCCAUGGAUGCUGAGGGUAUUAACUUAGGAAAAGAUGGUCCUCUGACUCUGUUACAGAUCGGAACUGUUGACGACAAAGUUUAUCUUUUUGAUAUUGCUUCAAAUAGAGAUUUGUUUAGGAAUGGGAAGCUGAAAGACAUAUUACAAUCUGAGAAUCUAGUAAAGGUUAUACACUCUUGUUCAGGCGACAGUGCUGCAUUAUACCACCAGUUUGGGGUGAGGCUGAAUAAUGUAUUCGACACACAGGUGGCUCAUCUGGUCAUUUUGGAAAACAAAGGGCGGAGAUUACCUCCUUCUAUGAAAUUAAGCGAUGUGUGUCAAAUGUACAGUGAUAACGCGCAACCACUAGAGCAGAAAGACAAAGUUAAGAUUAAAUGGACGAAAGAAGAUGGAGAGUUAUGGGCUAGGAGACCAUUAACAGCUGAGAUGAUCGAAUACGCUAGUAAUGACGUCACAGCUUUAAUACCAACAGUUUAUCAUAACUUAUGUUCUUACAGAAUCCUGGAAGAGAGAAACUUAAUUCCUGAAUUUAAGACGAGAGUUGAAGAUGAAAUAAACUACUUCAUUGAUGAAGCGACGUCACAAAGAAAGAAAACAAGAGUUGAUGAAAUAGUGGAAUCAAUCUUAAAAGAUAUGGAAACAAAAUAUGUGAAAGAUACAAGAUUCCAAGACAUAACAGACGAAGAUGAAAUAAAUGCGAUGCACCAUCUAAGAUAUGAUUUAGAAGUUAUGUCCCCUUUUAUCACAAAAUUGAAGACAGAAGAAAUCAAAGCUCGACUGAAGGAACUAAGCGAUCAAUUGUCUACAGAAGGCAAUAACUUUAUUCCAAAAGCAAAAUCAUAUGGAUUCCUCAGGGCUUAUCAGUAUAUUUCAGAAAGAGAAAUACAGACAGAAGCAAAACGUCUCCAACAAGCAUUGGAUACAAUAUUUUUAGCUGACAUGAAAAACAAAUACAGUUCAACUACAAAGAUCGGUGUAAUUUCACCCUACGAGAAAGAUGCAUUGCGAAGUAUUCGACCAAGAGGCCAACGUGACUCCAAUAUCAACCCCGUACUCUUAUCCCUUUAUUGGCAAAAGAUAGAAAAAGACAUUGAUUUUGAAAUUGAACAAUUACAAAUCACUGGAAGAAAUUAUAAUAUGCCUCAAGGAAAAUACAAAUGGCUACAAUAUAAUUGCACAGAUAAUGUACCAGGCGGAAUAAAAAGGAAAGCUAAACGACACCUUGAUAAUUACGACAAAAUGUAAAUAUAGGGGAGCUACACAGCUUAAAAUUAAUGCUGAAUCACAUCUUAUGCUUAUCUAAAUGAUAAGCAAUAUUCAUCAUUAUGUAAUUAUAUUUGUGUUGAUAUAAUAAACGUAUGUAGCAGAUACCGGUG